GGCGGUGUAAGGCUGGGAGGUGGAUGAAGCCGGAAGAGGAAGUCCAGUGAAUUACCAACCAGGCGAGAUGAGUGGCUUGGGAAAGCUCUUCGGGAAGGGUGAGCCCCUACUUUUACAUUCCCCACCCUGAAGGUGGGUGGUAUCGCCCAAUCGCCAUAGGGGAUCACGGACAGCUGGGAGAAACCAUUUAUGUCUGGGGGGGGAGGAAGGAGAGGAAAAGAGUCUGGCUUGGUGGAGGGAGAAAAACAAAGGAGGGAAGCGUAUUAAAGGAAGGGGAAGGGUUCAUUCCAAGCUUUUUCGGGGGGGGGAGUGGACUGUACCAUAUUUCCAAAAAGCUCUAUUUUGGGGGGUUAACUUAUCUUCUUCCCCAGUGAUCAGUUUCUGGGUGUAGGGGGGCAGCUUCCCCCCACCAUUUUGAAGCAGGGCAAGAGAGUCAUGGAGGAGAAGGAUGGCUGCUGGGAAAAGCCCAUAAUUCACCUGGGGUAUCUCUUGGUGGGCUGGCCAGUCUCCCUUUAGCACCAUCCUUUCCAAGCAAUGGUUCUAGUCCCUGUUGUUAGAAUCAUAGAAUCAUAGAGUUGGAAGAGACCACAAGGGCCAUCGAGUCCAACCCCCUGCCAAGCAGGAAACACCAUCAGAGCACUCCUGACAUAUGGUUGUCAAGCCUCUGCUUAAAGACCUCCAAAGAAGGAGACUCCACCACACUCCUGGGCAGCAAAUUCCACUGUCGAACAGCUCUUACUGUCAGGAAGUUCUUCCUAAUGUUUAGGUGGAAUCUUCUUUCUUGUAGUUUGGAUCCAUUGCUCCGUGUCCGCUUCUCUGGAGCAGCAGAAAACAACCUUUCUCCCUCCUCUAUGUGACAUCCUUUUAUAUAUUGGAACAUGGCUAUCAUAUCACCCCUUAACCUCCUCUUCUCCAGGCUAAACAUGCCCAGCUCUCUUAGCCGUUCCUCAUAAGGCAUCGUUUCCAGGCCUUUGACCAUUUUGGUUGCCCUCCUCUGGACACGUUCCAGUUUGUCAGUGUCCUUCUUGAACUGUGGUGCCCAGAACUGGACGCAGUACUCCAGGUGAGGUCUGACCAGAGCAGAAUACAGUGGCACUAUUACUUCCCUUGAUCUAGAUGCUAUACUCCUAUUGAUGCAGCCCAGAAUUGCAUUGGCAUUUUAGCUGCCGCGUCACACUGUUGGCUCAUGUCAAGUUUGUGGUCAACCAAGACUCCUAGAUCCUUUUCACAUGUACUGCUCUCAAGCCAGGUGUCACCCAUCUUGUAUUUGUGCCUCUCAUUUUUUUUGCCCAAGUGCAAUACUUUACAUUUCUCCCUGUUAAAAUUCAUCUUGUUUGUUUUGGCCCAGUUCUCUAAUCUGUCAAGGUCGUUUUGAAGUGUGAUCCUGUCCUCUGGGGUGUUGGCUUUCAAAUAGGUUGGAUUGAUGCUGGAGGAUUAAUGGGCGUUCUGGCUCUCUCCCUUCUCUCCCUUCCCCCCACCCUCUCUGGCCGGGGCCCUUUCCAGGUAAGAAGGCCAAAGCCCCUACCCCGCAGGAGGCCAUCCAGAAGCUGCGGGAGACGGAGGAGGUGCUUGUCAAGAAACAAGAAUUCCUGGAGCAAAAGAUCCAGCAGGAGCUUCAGUCGGCCAAGAAACAUGGGACGAAAAACAAAAGAGGUGAAUGGAGCAGUGGAGGGAGAUACAGAGAACGUGGGGUCCAGGAAGGGGGCCGGUUAAAACAAAGAUUUCCUUCAUCCCUUAAGCAGCAGCUUUGAGGGGGCUGUGCUUUCAUAAGGACUAGAAACUUAGCAAUGUUAAAAGAAAAGGAAAGAAAAUACACCGCUCGCCGGUUAGCAAAAAUAUGUUAUGUAGAAAGUAAAAUGUUGCCAAAAAGUAAAUGUUACAUAUAAAUAAAAUAAAGUGGUGUAUUUUCUUUUUACUUUUGUGAUGUGAUAUUUAAGUUCAAUUACACACACACACACACACACACACACACACACAAAAUAAAAAAAGAAACUUAGCAGUGUCAAAACGAAAGCUGGGGGAUUUUAGGGAGCUGUGUGCCUGCUUCCAGCACAUCCUACAUUUCUGAGGAACGGAACCCUGUAGCCUUAGAAGAGGAAAUAGAGCGUUUGUAAAGUUUAAGGGGUGGGCUGUGUCAGAGAGCAAAUGGAACUGAUGCAUGCUAAUAAUAAUAAUAAUAAUAUGCCACCCAUCUGACUGGGUGCCACUCUGGGCAGUUGUCAGCUGAAUAUUAAAAACAGAAUAACGCAUUGCCUCUUUCCCUCCCUUCUCGAUCCAGCUGCCCUGCAAGCUCUCAAGCGGAAGAAACGCUACGAGCAGCAGCUGGGGCAGAUCGAUGGGACCCUCUCCACCAUCGAGUUCCAGCGCGAGGCUCUCGAGAACGCCACCACCAACACCGAAGUGCUCAAGACCAUGUCGGACGCAGCCCGAGCCAUGAAGGAAGCCCAUCAGCACAUGUGGGUCCCGAGGCUGUGGGGCCUUCAGGAGGGAGAUAGGGUGCUUGUGUGGAGCCUGGAAAGGGCAAAAGAGAAGGCCGAGGGAGCAGCAAGCCCUGAGUGCAAAAGGAGGAGACCCUUUCUGGCCAUGUGCAUGCCCUCUAUUUAAAAGACAGUGCUGGCAGGUGUGGCUUCCUGCAAAGAAUCCUGGGAGCUGUAGUCCGAUAAGGGUGCUGAGACACUGCAUUAUUCCCUUCACAAGAGCUAUGGUUGUCAGGGCAGUUUAACAGCCACUCUCUCUUCCCAGGGAUUCUGGGAAUGGCUGCUCUGUGAGCGGGAAUAGGGCUCUCCUAGCGAGGCUCAGUGCCCUUAACAAACUACAGCUCCCAGAAUCCUCUGCCCAGGCCACGCCCCUUGUUGGGCCAUCUCCGAGCCCCCCUCCAGUAAGCUUACCUGGCUGGUCUGUGUCUUUGAACUGGGGUCAAACCAGGAUGGAGAGGCUUGUGUGUGUCCAGACCUGUGGCCCCCAGAAAGUUGCCCUGGUGGGAUUGCGGCCCUUGGCUAAAGAAAGGUUCCCCGUUCAAAGGCUGGCUCCAUCCUUCUUAGUCCUGCCUUGUGGAUUUUGUCUCGUGGCGGCUGCUCGCAUUUUCGGACCUGGAUCUCGGAUUUGCCACUUGCCUGCUCCGUCUUCCAGCUCCUUUGGCCUCCCGUGCUUUCCUGUUCUUGAGGUGCGCUUCGGUGCAACGGCAAAAGCAGCCCCCCACCCCAGCUGUCCUUUCCUCCGUGUCUCACCCUUUCCCCCACCCCGUCUCUCCAGGGACAUCGACAAAGUGGACGACCUGAUGGCCGAGAUCACAGAGCAGCAGGACAUUGCGCAGCAGAUCUCCGACGCCAUCUCGAAGCCCGUCGGCUUUGGGGACGAUGUAGAUGAGGUAACGUCAAAAGCGGGGGACCCUUACUAAACACCUUCCAAGGCAAUAAGGCCCACUUACACCACAAAGAACUCAUAACCCACCUACUUUCAGCAGCCAGAAGCAUCAUAGCCAGACACUGGAGAGACCUGUCAGGCAGGAAGCGUGGACCAAUGGUACCAAAUAGUAUGGGAAACAGCCCUGCUAGAAAAAUUAACCAAUAAACUGAAACUGACACGGGGACAAACAGAAGAAGACGCCUUUACCCCGGUAUGGCUCCCCUUUAUCACAUACACAGCCCAACAAGACAACGACAAAAAUCCACCAACAGCAUACAAAUCAAUAUAAUAAUAAUCAUAAUAAUCAUAAUAAUAAUAAGUUUUAUUUAUAUCCCGCCCUCCCCAGCCAAAGCCGGGCUCAGGGUGGCUAACAACAAUCAAAUAAUCAAACAAUCAAAUAAUCCAACAUUCUAAAACAUUUCAUUAUAAAAAUUAAUUAAAAUCAAAUUAAUGGCAACCGUUAAGCAACCUGAUCCAAAACACCCACCCACCUCACUCACACACGAAAACAAAGUUCAACACAGCCAAUCACAAAUGAAUAACCACACCCUAGGCCAACCCCAACCUCUCUCACCACCAAAGGAACACAAGUGAGCAGUAAAGAACCUGCACAAGCGACGCUGACACAAAACCCCACAUAAAGUACAGUGGUACCUCGGGUUACAUACGCUUCAGGAUACAUACGCUUCAGGUUACAGACUCUGCUAACCCAGAAAUAGUGCUUCAGGUUAAGAACUUUGCUUCAGGAUAAGAACAGAAAUCGUGCAGCGGCAGCAGGAGGCCCCAUUAGCUAAAGUGGUGCUUCAGGUUAAGAACAGUUUCAGGUUAAGAACGGACCUCCGGAACGAAUUAGGUACUUAACCCGAAGUACCACUGUAGAAACAUCGCCACCCGUCCCCACCCCCACUCAUCUUCCCCCCCCUCCACCUCUUUCCCCCUUUUCUUCCCAAUGUCUCAACAAAUGAAACAGACUUGUAAAAAUGUUACAUGGAAAUAUAUAUAUAUAUAUAUAUAUAUAUAUAUAUAUAUAUGAGAGAGAGACAUUGCACACACUUUUGUAAAUCAAGAAAAUCUUUAAUAAAAAUAAUUUUAAAAGCGGGGGAACUCUCACUCCUGAAAAGUGGAGGAGGGAGUUCGGUUACAGUUCUCCAGAUCCGCCUUUUGGGGUGGGGCUGAGCCCCAGAGUAGUGGGGCAGUGGGCAUUGGAGGGGAGGGGAGAAGUGGCAAUGGGUACCUGUUUGUGUUUCUACUCAUCCCCCUGCCUUUGCUGCCCUCAGGACGAGCUGUUAGCUGAGCUGGAGGUGAUGGAGCAGGAAGACUUGGACAAGGAGCUGCUGAAUGUUGGGGAACCGACGCCCGAGCUGCCCAGCGUGCCUGCCUCUCGCCUGCCCAGCGUGCCAGGUAAGGGGGCGUGGGGAGGCAGCGAGGUGGGCACAAGCCCCUGGGUCUUGGGAUGGCGUCGCCUGCUGUCUCGGCUCCCCUCAAAAGUCCUGGCUUUGUCAACCUGGCUCUCCCCAAGUGUGGCUGGACUACAACUCCCAACAUGCCUCUGGCUGGUGUGGGGCGGCAGCCCCAACAAAUCUGGAGAUGUGGGUGGAUGUAAAGUAGAAGCGUGCAAAAAUAAGCAUCAUUUUCCAUCUGAAUGUAGGUUCUGCUUCAUUUCGAAAAAAAUAAUUUUAUUUUACGGCUUAUGUUUUGAAUUGGAUAGGUAUAGGGGCACCAGAAGCUUUUAAGUGCUGAGGAUCUCCAAAGGUCUUAAUCCAGCCUGGAUAUUGUGACUUUUUUAAAAGAGAAGGCCCUUUGUAUGUGUGUGUGUGUGUUCUUCUUGUCGUAACCUUACACAAACCGCUUUGUGGCGUCUGCCUGAAAGCGCUACAGUCGUACCUUGGUUCUCGAACGCCUUAGUACGCGUACGUUUUGGCCCCUGAACGCCGCAAACCUGUUUGUGAAUGUUUGUGAACGUUCUUUGGAAGCCAAACGUCCGACGCAGCUUCUGAUUGAGUGCAGGAAGAUCCUGCAACCAACUGGAAGCUGUGCCUGGGUUUUCGGACUCCCGGAACGGAUUAAGUUUGACAGCCAAGGUACUACUGGAUAUUCAUUGGCGAUCACUCGUAGCCAAGUAAGAUGGUCUUCCAUAAACACAGCUUUAACAGUGAGUCCGUAAGUGAGGCCAAUUCUGGAUCCACACGUCCUUCCACAGUGGGGACAUAGGUUUCCGGACAGGAGUUGAUCAUGGUGAGGGUUUGCCGAACGUGACUUCCUCUUAGCACGUUUCUCCCUUGCGUCCUGAGUUCGAGUGUCUUCAAAGCCCAUAUAAAUCCAGUAAACAAACAGGCACCUCGAGGCAAGGCGUUAAGUAAAGGCGGGAGCAUUUGGAAGAGGGUUGAAGUUUUGGGGUGCCGUGUCUACAUUUUGAUUUCAUCCUUUCCCUCCCUCCGUUCAGGCAGCCCGGUUCAGGGAAGUUUUCAACGUGCAACAUUUUAAUGUAUUUUUAAUCUUUGUUGGAAGCCGCCCAGAGUGGCUGGGGAGACCCAGCCAGAUGGGCGGGGUACAAAUAAAAAAAUAUUAUUAUUAUUAUUAUUAUUUUGCCAGCCUCAAAAGUGCCCGCCUCUGCCUCCGCGGUGGAUGACGACGACGACGAAGAAAUGAAGCAGCUUGCCGCCUGGGUGUCGUGAUGCAUUGUGGGAAAACCGCCCUCCUUCCUUCCCUCCCUCCCCUUCCUUGGAGGGCUGGGAGACCGGAGAGGACCUUUUCCCCCCCUGCCUUCCUCCUUCAGUUCCAGAUUCGGGGAGGGGUGGUGAACACCGACGCCCCCACCCCCUCCGCCCCGCCCCUGCCUGAAAUAACCUUACGUGCCGAAUGUAAAGAGUUUUAUAUAGACAGAUUUAUAUAUAUGAAAUAUAUAUAUAUAUAUGAACAGAUUGUAUCGUGGGGAGGGGAUAGGGGGCUUGCCUUGGGAACGGGAGACCGGCCCCGCACCCCCCCGCGUUACCCCUCUGUAAAACUCGAGGACCAAACUUUGCAAGCGUAUCUUGGUGCUUGGCCCCUCCCAAGCAAACCUGAGACCCUCUCCGCGGUUGUAAACAUGUGAGGGGCCUUCGGUGGGGAGGGGGGCAUGAGUCCCCCCCUCCCCAGGAGCGAGGCAGAGGGGUUUCCACAGAGUUAAGUUCUCCCCCUGCACUCGCUGCGAGUGGGAUUGGGGCCUGUGUCAAAUUGUGGGGGUUCAGUGUUCCUUCGCUACUCCUCUUUGCUGGGCGGGGGGUUAGGGGGGCUCCAUGCCUUGGUCGUUCUCCCCCCCCCCCCAGCCUCUUUACCAAUGCUACAGAUUUUAUCCCCACCAGCAUGUGAAUUUAAAAAAAUGAUGAUGAUGAAUGAUGCCAACCCCAUCGGGGUGGGUGGAACCGUGCCAAGAGGGUGGGGGGUCUGGUGUGAACAGGUACGUUCUCUCUUUCUCUCUCUCUGUUCCUAUCGACAGCGUGUCUGUUUAAAUGUGGCUUGGGGUGGCGUUUACAUGUUAUUUGCACUCGGAUCUGUGCUAACCCGCUAACUUUUCGGAAACUUUUCUCUCUCUCUCUCGUCUUCGUCUCCGUCGUUAGUUUCUUCUUCUUUUUGUAUCUUCUCGUGGCCAAGAAUUUGGAGGGGGAAGGGGAGGGAUUUCUGCCCCAACCCGCACCCCCCUCUCACGCGCACAUGCUGCAGUGGCCUUUACGACGACAACUCUGAAAAUAAACGUGGCCGGAAAUUUU